ACGAGUUUAACCAGCACGGCAAUCGUGGAGAGCGGCUGACCCGGCAGAUCCCGAGAGAUCAACUCGCCGAUAUGCUGCAUCUGGACGCGCUCUUUUUGCUCCUCCUCGCGCACUGCUCGCUGGCAAGUUUUUGCCCCGAGUUGGAAGGAAAAACGGACUUUGAUGCCGAAAAGUUUAGCGGUCACUGGUACUACGCCGCAUACAACAUCAAUGCAAACCGACCGUGGACGAUCAAAUGCGCCGAGUUCAAUGUGACCGCCAGCAAAUCAAGCACUUCCGGCUUGAACAAGCUUGCCUACCUCUACAGUUACAUAUCGAAUGGUAGGAAAAUCUACGUCACCAUGAAAACGGAGAACUUCGACCCUGAGUUACCUGGUCUCUUCUAUAGUGCCGGAAAGAGAAUUCAGUCCGACUUUUGGUCAGACGUGCACGAGGCGGCGAUCGUGGCGACCGAUUACGAAAAUUAUGCUGUGGCGAUCUUGUGCUCCCCGGUCUUCAACAUUGAUAAGAAAAAUUUUGAGCCAUCAUUGUGGGGAUAUAUUUGGUCAAGGUCGAGAUCACUUGACGACCACACAUUCGGCGUAUUGAAGAAUGUUCUGAUAGAUAACGGAGUAGACGUAACUUCCAUUGUCGAUUCUAGAAAUGAAGUUGGAUGUUAAACUUUUCAACUCACAUCAAGUACAAUUUAUGCUACAUUGUGCAAAUUUCUAAUGAAUAAAGGCAAACUUUCUAUAA